UCAGUUUGUUUAUAAACGUUAAGCGAAGCGGACGUGUGUGUCAUUUAUUAAGUGUUCUAUCUGCCACCAACUAACAAACUAAGUAAACUCGUUGCCAUUUUUUGUCGCGUUAACCAAAGCCGCUGUCUGGGACCCCCCGCUGACCCGUCUGUGCCCGCCGUUAACUGUCCCUCCCUCCGCCCCAGGGGCCAACCGAUAACGACGCCUACGCCUUGUUGGUAGAAGUCGCCGCCGCGUCAAGUGAAGCGCACAGGUUAUUUGUAUUUGUAUUGGAAUUUUUUUGUCGCUAUUAACUUUACCUCGUCCCCUGGCAUCAGCAUUCGAUACAUUCCACCACCCCGCGGUCAGCUAUCGGAGAAGAUUAUUUGUGUGUCGUGUGUGUGUUUGGUUGUGUGCAACGUUAAUUCCAUUUGUUGUUAUUGUUGUUUAUUUUGGCCAAUUGUUGAGGGCUUAAUUGAAAGCCGAGAGAAAGAGUCGCCAGUUGCCAAACGAUACGAAUAUUUCGCAACGCCAUAAAAAAAAAGUUAUUGAAAUACAAAACCAAUACCAAGGCAAAACCCUAAAGAAGAGAAGCAGCUAAGAAAAGACGAAACCAGUUUCAUAGCAGCGCAGUCGCAGCGGCUGACUGAGCAGCAGCUGCAACAACAACAAAUAGAAUUUAAUUGGUGUGCGUGUUAAAGAGAUUUUAUGGCCUGCUUUUUGGAUUUAACUAAAAUAUAUUUUUGAGCUUCCAUCCAAGCAACUAGCUCAGAAGGUCACAUAUUGAACGACAAGGAAGACUGGAACGGAGAUUCCAUCACAGAAACGCCAUGACCACCGAACCGUCUCAUCUACAUAACCUGGCCAUGGCCAUGGUUCUACUGCUGCUCGGCAUUAGUUUAAGUGGCAGCGAACCGAGCUCAUCGUCGAGUUGUGGACCAAAUUUUCCUACCAGCUGCUCCUGCGGCCGGGAGAUGUACGAGAGUGAAGUCCAAUUCAUAGUAAACUGCACAAACGCUGGCUUAAGAAACACCAGUGUCCUGGAGUACAUGCCCGACGAGGUGGAGAUUUUGAUUUUCACCGGCAACCGUAUUACGGAACUACCAUGGAAUGUCUUUGGCAGCAUCAAUGACUAUAAAAAUCUAAAAAUUGUCGAUAUGAGCAACAAUCACAUACGCGAGAUACGUGGAAAGAGUUAUCAUCAUGUGCCCAGGGUGGAGCGAUUAAUAUUAAAUCAUAAUAACCUGAGCAUUUCACGAUUCGAUGAUGAGGUUAAUCAUCAUCAUCCUCGAGUCUUUUCCAAUUUCGUGAACCUGCAAAGCCUUCAUCUGACCGAUGCAUUCGAAGACAACAGCUCACCGCAGUUGAGCGAGGAUCUGCAUGACAUUUUCGUGAACAGUCAAUUGGUUAAAUUGCAGAAACUUCAUUUGGAGCAGAACGAGAUUACACAUUUCAAGGAUCGCAAUGUGUUUUGUGAUUUGCCAUCCUUGCGUGACCUGCACUUGGGUGAUAAUCUUCUAAAGGAUAUCAAUUUUGAAGUGCGUUGCUUGAAGAAUUUACGUUUCCUUGAUUUGGAACGCAAUAAAUUCGAAUUUGUUAAGCCCAGCGAUAUGCGUGUUAUGAACGAACUAGAGGAUCGUGUCAAUCGUACAGUGAAUCUGAUUGUGGACUUUAAUCUAAAUCCCUUUGUGUGCGAUUGCAAGAUAUCGCCAUUUCGCACGUGGAUUCAAUCGACUCGAGUGACUGUCCGCAACAAGGACAGUCUCAUUUGCUUCCAUGACCCCCAUCGUGUCGAUCCCAUGCCUGCUCACAUUGUCCAGCUGGACAUGGAGGCGUGCCGGGACGCAAUAGCGGCGGCAGCUACCAUCCUAAAUGCCGCCGAGGAUGAGCAACGCUAUGGGGAAUUACAAGCGCCGCAUAUGAGCGGACAUACAGCCACCUUGAUCUUUUUGCUAAUAGUGCUUAGCAUGAUUCUGCUCGGACUUCUGGUGGCUUUGGUAUAUGUCAGUCGUGACAAAUUGAAAUAUAUGAUAACACCUGUGUUCGAUAAUGUGGCCAAGAAGGUUCAGUAUACGUCAAUUAAGGAUGAGGAUUGCCCGGAAGUGCAUGUCUAGGCUAUAGAUUAGGCCUUAGCUAUAGGUUUUUCGCGUACACAGUUUCGUUUUUGCCAUUAAACAGCAAAAUGUGCCAUUCACAGGAAAAAGAAAAAAAAAAAAAAACAAGCAAAACAUAAAAACAAAAUAAACAACAAAAUCCAGCCCAAUUUUAAGCAUAUCAUUUAAACGAUUAAUAUUUCAUUUCUUACACAACUUUAAACUAUUAUUUUCUAGUAUUUAAGCAUACGAAUUGUUGCAUUUAACAAAGAAAAACAAAAAACAAGAAAAAGUUCAUAAUUAAACGAUUUUUCAAUUAACUCCUAAGUCCAAAUAUCUGUUAUGAUUUCAAUCAAAAGAACUAUGGACCUAUAACAACCAAUUGCUUAAUAUCAUACAUAUAUACCAUACAUAUAUCGUAUAUAUAUAUAUAUAUCGUAACAAACACUUUAGUGUUAUCUGUGAUUUAAGUUUAGUAGCUUUACUUUGUUAAAAAAAAAAUACAAACAAACACACAACAAUUAAAAGAGUAAACAUAUUAAAUUGUUCAAACAGACAAAUACAUUUCUAUCGAAUUUGUUUCAUUUACUUAAGUUAAUUAAAAAACCUUUUGUCAAUUUCACCUUUCAUUUAUAAUAUUGUACUUAACAAGCAUUUUUUAUAAAUAAAAAACUUGAAAAUGGAAA